AUGGCGGAACAACAUGUCUCCUUCAAGAUCGAGGAUCUUUUCUCCGUCAAGGGUAAGGUUGUCGUCGUGACCGGUGGUGGCUCUGGCCUCGGCAAAGCCAUUGCGGAAGGAUUCGCCGUGAACGGGGCCAAAGUUUACAUCUCUGGGCGCAGACAAGAGGCCCUUGAUACGGCAGUAAAGGAGAUCGAUGGAGACAUACAUGCGCAAGGAGAUGUACAAACCAAGGCGGGGUGCGUAAAGAUUGUCGAGGCCAUCAAAGCCAAAGAGUCUCAUGUCGACACUCUUAUCAACUGUGCUGGCGUGAGCCGUCCCUGGAGAGUUCAACCAAGUAAUCCCAAUGACCCCGACGAGGUAGAAAAUCUCUUGAUAAAUGGCAUAGAAGAGGAGGAUUUUGAUCAAAGCAAUCAAAUCAAUGUGAAUGGGGUUUACUUUUUAACAGCAAACCUUCUCCCACUUCUACGAUCGGCAAAGGAUCCAAAUGUUUGCAUUAUUGCAUCACUCGCCGCCCUUGGAAACCAGAGAUCCAUGGCACCGCUGACAUAUGGAGUGUCUAAAGCCGCAGCCGUGCAUCUUGCUCACCUUCUCGCUGGUCGUUUGCAUCCCAUGAAAAUUCGAGUCAACACCAUUUGCCCCGGUAUCUUCCCGUCUGAGAUGACCGGCACUACAACCGGCAAGCAUGAGUACGCCAUCAGCGACAGCGCUGACAAGGCAGCUAAGCGCUGCACUGCCGGUCGCCCCGGUCGGCCAGAAGAAAUGGUGGGACCGGUGUUGUUGCUAUCCAGUGCCGGUGGUGGCUAUAUGAACAAUGCAUUAUUGACUGUGGAUGGGGGUAGGUUGAUGGGUGUCUCGAUCAACGAUGGGAUUCGUAUGCCCGAGGAUACCUACACUUUCUAG